AGGCGGCGAUCGCCCGCCCGCUCGCGCGCCACAUCUGGAGACGGCGCCUUAUUUUGGCGGCUCGCAGGAAGUGCCGCUCCUCACUCCGCGCCGCUUGACAGCGCCGCGGUCACAAAGAGAGGCAGAGGCGAAGACCGGAGAAGAAAGGAGGGACGGACGGCGGCGCCGAGGGUCACAGGGAUGUACAGUAAACACAGGCAGAAACAUGUCCACGCGUCGCCGGCAGCGUGCGGACACGCGCUCGUCCUCCUCGCGCUCCUGCUGCUGAGCGGCGCCGGCGGAGGCUCCGGGGAAGAAGGGCUGAGGGGGAGGACCGUGACGGCGCAGUGGCUGUCGCGAGGCCGCACCAGGAGGGAGGCCGGGACGCCCACGCAGGACUCGCACCCAGUCAGAGGGGACAUCGUGCUCACAUCCAGCGACCUCCAGCUGCAGCUACGGGUCGAACGUAAUCAAGACCUUUUAAGUCCAGACUUUACGGAGACCUACUACACAGACGAUGGGCUGCCAGUCACUGUGACCAACAACCAUACUGACCACUGCUUCUACCACGGCCAUGUGAGAGGACAUCCGGGGUCCUGGGUUGCUCUCAGCACGUGCUCAGGGAUCAGGGGCCUGAUAUCCUUGAAUUCUAGUGACACCUACUACCUGGAGCCAGUGGAUGGUGCGGGUCAUCUCCAUCAUUCACUGCUGAAGGCCGAGGAUCUGCCCGUUAGCGGUGGACACUGUGGCCAUGGCCGUCACAGCCUGCAGUCCAUCCACGUGUCUGACCUGCUCAGGCCACUGCAUUCAAGGGUCAAGAGGAACGCCUGGGGUACGACCAGGUACAUGGAGCUGUACAUCGUGGCUGACAACACGCUGUUUAAACGACAGGACAGGAACUAUGAGAGGACCAAGGCGCGGAUAAUGGAAAUUGCCAAUUACGUGGAUAAGUUCUACAGGGCCCUGAACAUACGCGUGCCCCUGAUCGGCCUGGAGGUGUGGACGGAGCGGGACCAGUGCAUCGUCACCGAGGAGCCCAACGCCACCCUGUGGUCCUUCCUGCAGUGGCGGCAGAAGCUCAAGUCCCGCAAGAAGCACGACAACGCGCAGCUCCUCACCGGUGUGAUUUUCAAGGGGACCACUAUCGGGAUGGCACCGCUGGAGGGGAUGUGCAGCCUGGAGAACUCUGGAGGCAUCAACGUGGACCACUCGGAGCUGUCCAUCGGUGCCGCGGCCACCAUGGCCCACGAGAUCGGCCACAACUUCGGCAUGAGCCACGACCACGACGGCUGCUGCACGGAGGCCACGGCGGAGCAGGGCGGCUGCGUGAUGGCUGCGGCCACAGGGCACCCGUUCCCGCGGGUCUUCAGCCGCUGCAGCAAGCGGGACCUGGACAGCUACUUCCAGAAGGGAGGGGGCAUGUGUCUGUACAACAUGCCCAACAUGAAGGACCUGGUCGGGGGCAAGAAAUGCGGCAACGGCUUCGUGGAGGAAGGGGAAGAAUGCGACUGCGGGGAACCCGACGAAUGCACCAACGACUGCUGUAAUGCCAACAACUGCACCUUGAAGGAGGAGGCUCAAUGCGCCCACGGAGUCUGCUGCGAGGGCUGCAAGCGGAAGAAGGCGGGCACCAUGUGCCGGGGCCCGGCGGGGGCGUGCGACCUGCCGGAGUACUGCACCGGGGCCUCGCCGUACUGCCCCGCCAACGUGUACCUGCUGGACGGCUCCCCCUGCCAGUCCGGCGUGGCCUACUGCUACAACGGCAUGUGCCUCACCCACGAGCAGCAGUGCCUGCAGCUGUGGGGCUACGGAGCUCGACCCGCCCCAGACGCCUGCUUCGAAGACGUCAACGCAGCGGGGAACGCUUUUGGGAACUGUGGGAAAGACGACAAAGGCAACUACAUGAAAUGUGAGAAAAGUGACGCCAAGUGUGGCAAGAUCCAGUGCCACAGCGCCGCCAAGAAGCCCAAAGGCACCAACGCCGUGCCCAUAGACACCACCAUCAAAACCGGCGGCAUCGAGGUUAAGUGUCGCGGCACCUACGUCUACAGCACCAACGACGGCCAGGGAGACCUGCCCGAUCCCGGCCUCGUGAUGACCGGCACCAAGUGUGGGGAGGGAAAGGUGUGCAGAGACCGCCGGUGCCAAAAUGCCUCUUUUACCGAGCUAGAGAACUGCAUCGCGCGCUGUCACGGCAACGGGGUGUGCAACAGCAACGGCAACUGCCACUGCAACCGGGGCUUCGCGCCGCCGUUCUGCGAGAAGAAAGGCCUGGGCGGCAGCGUGGACAGCGGGCCCGUGCAGCACGACAGUCAGGUGGGGCUGGUGGUGGGCCUGCUCCUCGCCUUCCUGGUGCUGCUGCCCGGCGUGCUGCUGCUCUUCUACUGCUACAGGAUCAAGACGUCCUUUUACCACAAGUGGCUUUCGCAGAGGGAGAAGAGCCAGAGCAACAAGACGGAGGCGUCGGCGGAGAAGGGCAAAAACGGCCAUCUGAAUCCAGCCUUUCAUCUGAAGGUGGUCGGACCCAUCAGCAAAGCCAGCAGCCACAAGGGGCUUCCUCACACCAGCAAAGAGGUCCUGCCCCUCAGGCCCGGCCCGGUGUCCAAUGGCACCCAGCCGGUCAACGUGGUGCGCCCUCUGCGGCCCGCCCCAGCCGCCCAGAGCAGCCCCCGGGGCGUGGUGGCGGCGACACGCCCACCGCUGCCGCACGGGAAGCCGCCGGCGGCGCCGGCUAAAUACCCACCAGCCGCUCAGAAGCUGAGCCCGCCCAAGAAACCCCUGCCCCUCAACCCGACCAGGCCUCCGCUGUUGGUGUCUGAGCUACAGCCUGGACCGUCCCCGUUCCCACCUCAGAGGCCCCUCCCCCUCAGCCCGGCCAGAGGAGCCUCGCCCACGGUGAGCCCGGCCCGGAGCAUGGGCUCCAAACCCUCGACGGGCCUGCUGGUCAUGAUGCCUCCGACCGUGGGACCCAAGCCUGUGGGCAAAGUCUCAGCUGUCCCCCCUCUCAGAGUGAUCAGACCCAUCCCAGGAGCCAAACCACACACAGCCUCAUCCUCGCCACGAAAAUGACCUCCUCCUCGCCCCCCUCCCUCCUCCACGCGCCCUCGGAGCUGACAGCCUAUUUGCACUAAAGACACUUGGGCUGGUGAACCACUGAGCUGUCGAGCACCAGGAGGAGGAAGAUGCCAGAGAGCGAACAGGCCUCGGACGACACCAUGAAACCGCAGCCCCUGCUCUCGCUUUGUUUUGGCCCCCACCCCUGAUCCUCCUCCUCCUCCCUCCUCCUGCUCAUCCUUCUCCUGUUCCACCUCCUCUUUCUGUUCCUUCUCCUCCUGAUCCUCCUUCUCCUGCUCCCCCUGUUCCCUUGUGUCCCCCCCGCUCCUCCCAGCUCGCCGACAUUAACCCUGACGACGCGGUUUUGCACGGAGGCCUUGCAGACUAAGACAAGUGUUAUCGCUGGGGGACGGUCACAUUUGCCAAAUGAGUUUUUUAGGAUUCUUGUUUGUUCUUUUUUAAUCUGUUAAUGCUGUUUGUGUAUAAAAUGCAUUUUGUAAUGACCGUUUUUGUUUACAGUUUGUUUUUUAUGUCAUAUUAUGAUUUAUGUUCCGUGCCAAAGAGGUCUUUUCAUACCUGGGUGUGUCCCGAACGCUUGAAAUAACCUUACCUUACGUUUGCCAUAAGUCAGCUCCACCAUUCUUUUAGGUUUUAUAAUUUAUUAUAUAAGGAAUGUCUCAAAUACAAAUCUGGAGGAAGAUGCCUAUAGGAGCAGAGAGCCAAAAACGCAGCAGCUUCUUUUCAACACUGUUUACAUGGUGGAGCACUUGAUGGAUGCUUGGGGCCGGCAGGACACACCCUGGUCAUCCGUGUUAAUUUGAAUGUCUUAGGCUGUGUGUAAUGACUUUUGAAUUGUUAUAUAAAAUAUUUUUACAAAUGAU